GUUUGCCUCUUAUUCAAGUCGUCUUUAUGUGAUGCAAAUUCAAAUAAAUAUUUAUGCUUCGCCAACGAUUUGUUCUCCGUUCGGUUUUUGCUCGACGAAUUCAGCCGUUUCUUAAUAACGUUAGGUGGGGGGAACGUCCACAACGUCAAGAAGGCCAUCAACAACUCUGAGCACGAAGACCGCUUAGGAUUCGCCUGAUGAUCCGCUUUUACCCCCUUCGCAAAACCUACGACGUCCGCGCCGGUGUUAAACGAGCCGUCCGAAGCCGAAUACGCGUUUCUUCGUGCCGCCUGUCCCGCGCGCGCUCCUCGGCUGUCACAGAUGCGCAAAUGCGCUUUUAGAAGAGCAUUUGCGACUAAACGAGCCUCUGCAGCCUCGGUCUAUUUAUGGACAAAGUCCCUGUGUGUUUCUAGCUGUUACUUUCAACGAGAUUAAGGCGGGUUUUGUGCGUCCUGCCCUUGCGCCAUGGAGAGCCUUUUUAGUCCUCCCUGCCACCGUUUGACAAGUGAAUCAGUAAAAUGCGUCGCCUUGCUUCAACAGGGUUUUACUUUGUAUUUUGAGGGGUUGCUGGUUUUCUACGUGUCUCUUUUCCGCCCCUUUGACUUAACAGGCAAAGAGGAUAGAUAGGUUUUUUUCUGUUAGAGAGGAAGAAAAAAAAAUAAUUCAUCUCCUCCCUCAUUUGGCUUGCUAACUUGACUACAGCCUAAACGAAUACAAGUGUUUAAUAUAUAUAUAUAUCACAUUUAGUACGUUGUUUAGUUUAUAACACCCGUAUUUGCAUGUAUAAGAACGAUUUAAAAAUAUAUAUUUUGAAGUUGUUUAUCGAGGAGAUGUAAAAGGGCCGGAUUAAUCUGUCAUACUUGUUUUUUCUUCGUCUAGAUCGCACUACACUGAUAUUGCUAGCUUAGUCUUGCUAGUUAGAAAAUGUUAAAAGUUUUGAAUAUAAAUAGCACAUACAAGAUCUUAAUAUUGAGCAGUUAUCAUUGACUAAUCUAAUAAUUCGUUAGCAUCCAUGUAUAACUCUGUUAAAGACAGAUCAUUUAGUUUCUUUUUCUGUUCUUGUGUGUAUGCUGUUAAUAAAGGCUAACACUAGCAAGUUCAUUAAGCUGUUUUUAACAACACGUCGUCGUUUGUUUUGAAACAAAAGAGAAAAUACAUACACAUCGAAUGCUGUUCAAACAUGUAAUCACUUUGGAAAAACACAGACACCGAAUUUCAUUCCCUCACAAGCCUUUUAAGCAUAAAGUGUGCUAUAAAACAUUAACAGAAGCUUGUGAAGUGGAAGUGAACAAUCAAACUGGCCAAACAUGUUUCACCCAUCCCCCACGUCGCUUCCUUUGUCACAUUUCCACACAUGAAUUUUCAAGUUGUUCACAGUCCUACGGCAACUUUACAAAGAAAUAUGAUCUGAAAUUAAAGUCGAGUAACAUUAUACCACUGCACAAGUACUUUGUGUCAUAAUGUCCUUUGUCUGUCGGCUGUAGCGAGCAGUGGCGCAGUUUCAAUCACCAGCCGCCAUUUUGAAGUCUAUAGACUGCAGCAAAGAGUGUAAUGGAUGAUGAAGACGACCGCCGUCUUCUGGAUUUUAUAGGAGAUGUGCAAGCAUUGAAUGAGUAUCUUCAUGGUUCAAAUAGUAAAACUAUUGGAGAAGACGAUGUGACUAAUGCAGCAUUUGGGUCGGCCAGUUCGUUCUUUACUAGUGACACAGGUGGCUCCAACGAAGGACUCAAAGAUGACCACAAUCAUUUGGGAGAAUUUGGGGAGGCUGGUGGAGCUGAACUACAGCUCUCAAGCAGUCUUCCGUUCAUCGAGGAUGACCUCGACAGUGGAACCUCACAAGAUGGGGUCGAUCUUGGGGGCGAGGACCAACCCUUCGACAUCCUUCAGAAGUCAUUGCUGGAAGCAGAUAUUACAGAGCAGACAUUGGCUCAAGAAGCCCUUUUGGACUCCCAGCCAUCACUCAUUCCCACAGCUUCCGCUUUCCCUCAGCAGCUGGUCUCUGGAGGGUUUAGAGGUAUCGCAGGUCCUGGUGUGGUGGCACCAUUGGCACAACCUCAGGCUUUUAUCCAGCAGGUUCCCCAACUACCCUUGCCAAACGGCCCUGCUGGACACAUCCAGGUAGUGGGAUCCUUCAAUGGCAGUGCCUCCUCCAUGAUGACUAUAAACAGUUUGGAACAGCCUCAGAUCCUUCUGAGGCAGAGCGGAAAUGUAGUGACAAACAACAGCGGACAAGGUACCAUGUUCACCCCUUCUGCAGCUGGUCAGGUGUCAAUGUCCUUCAAUAAAGGGACGAUACCGGUUCAGAAUAUUAUCAUCCAGAGAGGCCCUAUGCAACAGACAUUGAUCAGACCCAUUCAGCCUAAACCCUUGCAGACAGGGGGACAAACUGUAUACAAUAUCAGCAACAUCGGGCUUCAACCCAGCACCACAACUACUGCGAAUUUAGUCAGUAGCUCCUACACAGCCAGCGGCUCUCCUCAGUCUGCUCAACAGGUGAAAGUGGUUAAUCCAGCCAGCAGCAUUUUAAUGCAUUCACCUCUGGGGCAACAAGCGCAACCACAGUCCCAGUCCAAUCUGCCUCAAGGGCAGUUUUUGCUACCCACUUCUAUUUCCCUCACCCCUGGUACGACAGUACACGGCUUCCAGGCUGUGAAUGGGCAGGUGUUACAAACAAACACUCAAGUAGGCGACCCGUCGUCAAUGAGCACUACCACUUACUCCAUCCUCACCAAUCAAAACACAACAGUACAGCUUAUUGCUGGGCAGAACUUUUCAACUGGAGGGCAGCUGAUAGUCAAUCAAGGUUUGGUUGCUGGAGGUCAAAUAGGCCAAGCUUCACCAACACCUGUUGUGCAGGUGUCUCAAAGGCCUGGUGCCACGGCCAAAGUUUGGACUGCCAGCGCAUCACAUAGCCCAACCCCUAUACAGACGUCACAGACUUCGGGCCACCUCACCAUGGUCAGUUCUGGCGUCCAAGGCCCACAGGUUUGUCACCAGUUGUCUGUGACCCCAGGACAGCACCUCCUUAUGCCUGUGGCCCAGAACGUUCCAGCUACUCCUGGCAUUCAGGAGUAUCAAGUUUCUUUAAACCAGGACACCACAGCAGCAACACAAAGAGGGCAAACACAAUUAGUUAAUCUUCUUGGUACCAAAGCUGUGAAAAUGCUCACUCCUGCCAGUCAGGAAUUGCCUCUCACACCGAAGCGACCUGCAACUCAACAACUUACUAGAGGAGAAAUGGUCCUCCAGCAGUUAAGACGAGAUCACAGUAGAGUCAUGUCUUCAGAGCGGACGCCCUUCGCUUCAUUUAAUGAUGUCAUUGACAGAUUACUGCCCUAUCAUGUUUUCCAAGGCUCACCACCACAAGAUGAAGAUUUCACCAAAGUUGAUGAGGAGUUUGAGACAGUUGCCCUACAAGUGUUAAACAGAACACAAGGCAUGGUGAACAAAUACAGGCGCUUACUUAUGGUGGAGGCAGAGAGGUCCAGCCCUUCAUCAGAAAUGGUGAUGAUUGACAGGACUUUUAAUCAAGAGGAACGGGGCAACUUGACCCAAGACAAACGAAUGGUACUAGUGGAUCCAGAUGGCUUCCUGGAAGAGUUCUGCUGUGGCCCUAAACUGAAGAUCCGAAGUACAGAAGUUUUGAUGCCCGCCACCCAUGAGGGCAAUCCCAGCGUAAUGGAGACAUCCCCAAGGCAUUCCAUAAGUCACACCGGAAGAGAUGGGCAGGGUAUGAACAGCCACACAGAACCUGCUUAUAGGACAGAACCUCAACAACAAGGAAUGGAGGAAAACAGAAGAACUCCCAUCAAGUGCAUCCUGGACCUAAAAAAAAAGAAAUUCAACAACCUAAUCAGCAGCAACAGUCAACAUGCUCACUACCCUACAUCUCCCAGCCAAUCACAGCAUAGCUCCGCCCAAGGCUACCCUUCGAACCUGGGGCAGGGUCAUGAACAUCAACUUCCCUCAGAUCAUAGUCAAGCCCCAUUGGCUGACACUGACUCUGUGCUUGAGGCUGCCGUGAAUAGCAUCUUAGAAUGUUAGACAGUGCCAUAUUUAUGUUUGUUAGUGGUUCCAUGUUAAUCUCAUUUCAUGCCAUUUGUGUGCAAGCUGAACGGACGUACAUUGGCAUUAUCGCGGGUUAAAAUGCACACAGCGGCUCUGACGAUGUCGAGGAACAGGAAGGUGAAUCUGGUGAUGGUGAUACUCUAAUACUGUGCCUGUUCUAGAGAAGUUUACAUAAGAAAGCCUUUUUGACAAUGCUUCACAGGAUACACUUGCAACCACACACACACAUCAAUAUAUGCACACAUACACACACAAUCAAGCAGUAAGUGUGAUGUUUGAAAUGUCAUGAGUAGACAUUGAUAUUUGUAGCUUAUCGGUCGAUAUCAGACACUUAGACUAAUAGUCAGUCCGCACUUAAGGUUGUAUGGUUGUCUCAACACUUAUGUUGUAUCGUUGCAGUAGACAUUGACCAAGUGACGCACACGAACACACCUGCGUGUUUAAUUGUUUUUUUUGGUUUACUUUUGUUUGUACCUUACAGGUAUGUGACCCCUCCACAGAGACAAAACUCACUUUUUUUGUGCAGGGGAAAGUUAAGACCUCAGAUUGAGGGUACAAUGUUACAUUAUCUUUUGUUUGUUUUAAUUCAUUUUUUUGAAAUGAUGCAUUAUAAUUUUUUUUUUUUGUGUGUAAAAUCUGUGCUGCUCCCUGCCUGGAGAACAUAUGUGCUGUUUUGUACCUUAAGUUAGUGUCUCAAUAACUCGCAUGGGUGAAUCUUAUAAAAACUUGUCAGUCACAUUUUGACCCAAAAUGAAAGGAAAUAAAAAUAAGUAAUAUUUUGCAAAAAUAAAUUAAAAUCAUUUUAGGAUCAGUAAUAUAUAUAUUUUUUUUUUGCAUUGUGAUAUUUUUUUUCACGACAAUCAAGCACAUUUUACCACAGAUUUUGAUUGCUGCAUUUACAUUAUCAAAUUUGUAUUACAUAUUUUGAAAAAAUAUUUUUGUUUUUUAAUAUAGUUUAUAUUUAGUUUAAAAAAGCAUGAAUUCAAGGCUUUGCUAUAAUACUGUUAUGUAUUAGAACAUUAUAAUUGAAAUGAAGUUUUUUUUCUCACAUUAACAUAUAUCGCUUCUUAAAUUGUAAUGAAAAUAUGUUUUGUUGCAUUAAUGAAAAUUGGUUAUAAAUGUGCUUAAUAGUCAUGAAAUAGUGUCAGUGGUCAACAAAAUCUCAGUGGUCCACAAUAGGCUUGAUUUCUCUGUGCAAAUAUAAUGUCUUCUAUCUUUCCUUUGAUUUGAGAUUUCUGUGAGAUUCACCCACCUAGAUGUUGUUUGAAACUUUUCAUUUUCCCCUGUGUGUUGAGUCCCCUGCUGGUCAGGCUGUAGUCUUGGCGGUCGGUUUGCAGUUUUUGCCCCUAGUGGCAGCUUCUAUUUGCACAAUGUGGAAAUGACCUUGUACUUCACAGAUAGCCAUGCUCACAACUCUUACAGCCCCUUUGCAGAUCACUUCUCUCCUGUGAGUUAUAAAGUGGUGCCGUUACAGCAUAUCAGGUUUUCAUUCACUACGAGUAUCCAAUCAGUUGCGUUAGGAGAUGGCUGUUAACUCAAAUAAUGUAGUUUGGUUGGAGCAGGACAGGCCCACAUUUCAACAACCAGUUUUUAGAAAUCAUUUCUGAAGAGGAGACUGUAAGCAUUCAGUUGUAUUUUGUAGGCUUGAACAUAUAAUAACUGUGCCAUUGCAAGGCUUGUGAGCUUUAACAAUGGGAGUAAGACCAAGACAAUUUCAAAAACUGACCAGAGCAGAGAAACUGCAGUGUGCGGACAUUUUCACAAGUCUGCGUUUCCAUUAGCAUCCAUUCCAGAGCCGAAGGGAAGGUUGCUUGUUUUCAUCUAUACACGUCAUCCCAUUGUUUUUGCAUCAUUAACACUAAACUCCACUGUCUUUCCCAGCAAUUCAACCAAAAAUAGACAGACAGACAGACAGAAAAAAAAGUGAAAUAUUCUUCUCUCUGAUCUGAGCUCUUGCGGUCGGUGUUAGAGAGCAUUCUGAAAGACCUUCACUUCGAAGGGCUUCUUUGCCUUAGGAGAGAGCGAGUGAAAACAAGUUUAAAUAGUCUAUCAUUUGUUUUUACUGCUUUUUGUUGUGCGAGUGUGGCCUUGAGUUAUCGUAAUACCCCAUGGUAAAAGUUGCUUUUAUCGUUUUAUUUUCUGCAUCACCCAAAACUUGAUUUGUAAUGUUUGUAUUACAAAAAAUAAAAACAUGAAACUCAAAAUAUUUAUACUUUUUGUAAAGAAACAGAAUGUAAAACAAAAAGUUAUUUUUAUUAUGUUAGGUAUGUGUUCACGUCAUACUGUAUGUGGUCAGUUCAUGAUUUGUUGUUUUUGUGAGUGUUCAUUACAACAGCAAAGAUAAAUAUUAAAAUCAUUUUGAAUACA